UCGUGCCAUUCGACGAUCGUACAAAGAUGACAAUGGAAGUGGCUCUCUGCCUCUGUUGGUAAAGUCUGUUAAGUGUGAUAAGGAUUGAUAAUGUAUGUUAGUGCUUGUACUGCAGAUUCCUAGCUUUGCUUCUAUAUUUGCUUUCAUAUUCCCCUUCCUUUGCAGCUAAGAAACCCCCAGACUUUGCACUCUUUUAUUUUGUUUUGUGGGUUCUUUUAAAGGGUGAGGGCUGAAACGGGUUUCUAUAACUCUCUGUUUUUUUACUACAGAUAUUCAGAGGAAAAGAUGGGUGGUGAAUGUUCAAGUAAGAAUAGAGUAGUGACUAAAAAGAAUCUGGGUUUUAUUGAUACUGUGUUUUCAUGGUCUCUUGACGACAUAUUCAAUGAUAACCUCUACAAGGAUCAGGUGGAAAAAAUUCCAGUUUCAUUUCAAAGCACGGAACAUUAUCUUGGGUCAUAUGUUUUGCCAUUGUUGGAAGAGACGCGAGCAGCAAUACGUUCAUCUAUGGAAAGUAUAGCUAGAGCGCCUUAUGCUGAAGUGACAUAUCUUAACGAGGCAAAGCCACAUGGCACAUUAUCGUUUGAUGUAAAUGUUGAUUACUGGAGAAACAGGUUCAGUGAUCGUGUGAAGGAACCAUACAAAACAUUGCCCGGAGAUAUUUUCGUCAUAGCAGAUGCUAAACCUGAAACUGAGUCUGAUUUACAAAGGGGAGGAAGAACCUGGACAUUUGCUUUAGUCACUAAUAUUACAGCGGACGAGGAUGAGGAUAAUAGCUCAUCUACUUCCUUCAAAGUGAAGGCACAGGAAGACAUUGCAUCCAAAGAUGAGAUGCAGAACUCGCUAUUUGUAAUUUUCCUGAGGAAUGUAACCACAGGGAGACGAAUAUGGAAUGCAUUGCACAUGAAGGGAAACCUAAACAUUAUCAAAGAACUUUUGCCCACUGGUUCUGUGGUAGAAGAAAGCUGCAGUCUUUGUUCCUCACAGAAUGAUGGAACCGUGAAUGACAUUUUUCUGACAAGUUUGCUGUCUCAAAUGAACGAAUCUCAAAGGAAGGCAGUUUUGGCUUGUCUUAACAAAGUGCAGUGCAACCACAGGGCUCAUGUGGAACUUAUUUGGGGCCCACCGGGAACUGGGAAAACUAAAACUGUUAGUGUGCUGCUGUUUACUCUGUUGAGAAAGAAAUAUAGGACACUAACUUGCGCCCCGACAAAUGUUGCCAUUACAGAAGUAGCUUCACGUGUCCUAAAGCUGGUAAAAGAAGCUAAGAAAACACCCUCUGUUCCAGAUGAUCCAUUUUGUUCCGUGGGAGACAUCCUCUUAUUCGGCAGUAAAGAGAGACUUAAGGUUGGUACCGAGCUUGAAGAAAUAUUUCUGGAUUAUCGUGUAAAAAGGCUUACAGAGUGCUUAGGCCCGCUGGGUUGGUGGCACUGUUUUACUUCAAUGAUAACUUUUCUUGAAGAUUGUGUCACUCAGUACCAUAUUUUCUUGGAAAAUGAAUCAAUCAAAGAGAGGGAACAUGGUCGUGAAAAUGAAAACCAUGAGAAAGAGUGUUGCAGUGAAACUGAUUUUGAGAAGGCGAAACACAAAUCAUUUCUUGAAUAUGUAAGAGAAAGAUUUGUCUCUACAGCAAACCCCCUGAGAAGAUGUGUCUCGAUUUUACACACCCAUGUACCCAAAAUCUACUUUCUGGAACAUAAUAUCCAAGAAUUCGAAACUCUUUUUGACUUGCUUGAUUCUUUUAGAACUGUGCUGUUUCGUGAGGAUGUAGUUUCUGAAGAAGUGGAGGAGCUCUUUUUACUUUCGACAGAUGUUAAAUUGCUUCGCCAAAAUGCCGAAACAUCACUCUUGCUGUGCUCGGUAAGAAGCCAGUGUCUUUCUGUUUUGAAAGCCCUCCGUGAUUCUCUUCAGGAACUCAAACUACCAAGUGCCAGGAACAAGGAUUCGAUAAUACGAUUCUGUUUUCAAACAGCGUCCUUACUCUUUUCCACUGCAUGCGGUUCACAUAAACUCUAUAAACUUGAAAUGAAACCACUGAAUGUGUUAGUGAUUGAUGAAGCAGCACAGUUAAAAGAAUGUGAAUCAGCCAUACCCUUGCAACUGCCCGGUAUAGCACAUUCCUUUCUUAUUGGUGAUGAAUGGCAAUUGCCUGCUACAGUUCUAAGCAAUGUUUCUGAUGAAGCUGGCUUUGGAAGAAGUUUAUUUCAAAGGCUAACGACAUUGGGUCACUCAAAGCACCUUUUGAAUAUUCAGUACAGAAUGCAUCCGUCAAUCAGUUGCUUUCCAAAUGCAAGGUUCUAUUCUAACCAGAUCUUGGAUGCACCGUGUGUUAAGCAUAGGAGUUAUGAGAAGCAUUAUCUUCCAUGGCCUAUGUUUGGUCCUUAUUCCUUCAUAAAUGUCUGCGGAAGAGAAGAAGUUGUUGAUGCUGGAUAUAGCCAUAGAAAUAUGGUUGAGGUAGCUGUUGUGCAGAGGUUGGUGCGAACUCUGUACAAAGCAUGGAAUGGCUCAAGAGAGAAGCUCAGUGUUGGUAUAAUCUCUCCCUAUGCUGCUCAGGUUGUUGCAAUUCAGGAGAAACUUGGUGGGAAGUAUGAGAAAAUUGAUGGCUUUGUAGUGAAGAUGAAGACAGUUGAUGGGUUCCAGGGUGGUGAGGAAGAUAUUAUAAUAAUAUCAACUGUGAGAUCAAAUAGUUCAGGUGCAAUUGGGUUCAUGUCAAAUCCUCAAAGAACAAAUGUUGCUCUUACAAGGGCUAGGCACAGCCUCUGGAUUUUGGGGAAUGGAGGAACGCUGGCACAAAGUGAAUCUGCUUGGGAGGCUUUAGUUCAUGAUGCAAAGGCACGAUAUUGUUUUUUUAAUGCUGAUGAAGACAAGGAAUUGGCAAACACCAUUCUAGAUGCCAUGAAAGAUUUAAAUCAACUUGAUGACUUGCUUAAUGGCGACAGUGUUCUUUUCAAAAGUGCUAGGUGGAAGGUUCUUUUCAGUGAUUACUUUAGAAUGUCAUUUGGGAAGCUGAAAUCUGUCCAGACCAAGAAAUCAGUUUUAAACCUUCUACUAAAACUUUCCAGCGGCUGGCGACCUAAGAAGAGAAAUGUGGAUUUAAUUUGUGAAAGCUCUUCUAUGGUCUUGAAACAAUUCAAGGUUGAACAUCUUUAUAUAGUCUGCUCAAUUGAUGUAGUGAAGAAGCAUAGGUACACUCAGGUAUUGAAGGCUUGGGAUCUUUUGCCGUUAGAGGAUAUUGGGAGACUGGUUAAGCGCCUCGAUGGCAUCUUCAGAAUGUAUACUGAUGAUUUUAUCAGUCGUUGCAAUGAGAAAUAUCUGGAGGGGGAUUUGGAAGUUCCCAAAACUUGGACAACCUCAUUUGAUAUUGUCAGGUAUAAGGCACUAAGCCAAGAUGAAAGAGAGAACACUUCAAAUGGCAGUGCUUCAGAUGGUAGAUGUUAUGUAGAGAACUCAAAAGUGAGUGAGAGCUUGCUGUUGAUGAAAUUCUACUCUUUAUCAUCGGGUGUUGUGAACCACCUUCUUGCUGAUCAGGAUGGGAGAGAACUAGAACUCCCAUUUGAGGUGACAGACCAGGAACGCGAUAUAAUUCAAUUCCAAAGAAGCAGUUUUAUACUAGGAAGGUCAGGCACUGGGAAGACUACUGUCUUAACCAUGAAGUUGUUUAAGAAAGAACAAUUACACCAUUUAGCAACUGAAAAUUUGGAUGAAGUUGACACAAAUAACUCUAAUGAAGUCUGUCAGGCAAACAGAAUCAUGGGUGGUAUUGGAGGGACUGAAGCGACUGUAUUGCGCCAGCUUUUUGUAACAGUCAGUCCCAAACUUUGUUAUGCUGUGAAACAUCAUGUUCUUCAAUUGAAAAGGUUUGCCAGCGGGGGAGAUUAUUCUCAAGAGAGUGCCUUGGAAGAUGUGGACGAUAUUGAUGGUGCAGCACAAUUCAAGGAUAUUCCGGAUUCAUUUGUUGAUAUUCUUCCUAAGGCAUACCCUCUUGUUAUAACUUUACAAAAGUUUCUGAUAAUGCUUGAUGGAACAAUCGGUAACUCUUUCUUUGAGAAAUUUAAUAACGCUAAGGAGCUAUCAAUGUUAAAUGGGGAAGUUGAGAAUGCACCAAUUUUCUUACGAAACUUUAUAAGAACAAGGGAGGUCAAUUAUGAAAAGUUUUGUUCAACUUAUUGGCCCCAUUUUAAUGAUAAGCUGACAAAAAGCCUUGACUCAUCCAGAGUCUUCACAGAGAUAAUGUCUCAUAUAAAAGGUGGCUUGAGGUCAGGGGAUUCUUGUGAUGGUAGACUCAAUGAGGAGGAUUAUGUAAAACUAUCUGAGGGUAGAGUGUCUAUCUUAAGUGGACAUGAGAGACAGAUGAUAUAUGAUAUUUAUCAAGAUUACGAAAAAAUGAAAAGAGAAAACAGAGAUUUUGAUAUGGCUGAUCUUGUGAUUGAUCUUCAUCGUCGACUUCAAAAUGAAAGGUAUGAGGGUGACAUAAUGGAUUUUGUUUAUAUUGAUGAGGUGCAAGAUCUUACAAUGAGGCAAAUUGCUCUUUUCAAACAUGUUUGCAAAAAUGUAAGCGAAGGCUUUGUUUUUUGUGGGGAUACAGCACAAACUAUUGCCAGGGGUAUUGAUUUUAGGUUUGAAGAUAUACGAUCCCUUUUCUACAAUGAGUUUGUUUUGGAAUCAAAAUGUCAAGCAGAUGAUGGGAAAAAAGGGAAAGGUCAAAUAUCUAAAAAAUUUCAGUUGAGCCAGAAUUUUCGUACACAUGAUGGUGUCCUAAGGUUAGCGCAGAGUGUCAUCGACCUUCUUUACCGUUUCUUUCCUUCAUUUGUUGAUAUAUUAUCCCCCGAAACUAGUCUUAUAUAUGGAGAAGCCCCAAUUUUGCUUGAAUCUGAGAAUGGAGACAAUGCUAUUGCAACAAUAUUCAGGAACCAUGGUAAUGUUGGGGGACAUAUGGUUGGAUUUGGAGCAGAGCAGGUCAUAUUAGUACGAGAUGAUCCUGCUAAGAAUGAAAUUUCAAAGUAUGUUGGCAAGCAAGCACUUGUUCUGACUAUAGUGGAAUGCAAAGGUUUAGAGUUUCAGGAUGUAUUAUUAUACAACUUUUUUAGUUCAUCACCUUUAAAGAGUCAGUGGAGAGUUGUAUAUGCAUACAUGAAGGAGCAAGGCUUGCUUGAUGCCAGUUGGUCAUUUCCAAGUUUCAAACCGGAAAAACACAACAUUUUGUGCUCCGAAUUGAAGCAGUUAUAUGUUGCUAUCACUCGCACAAGGCAAAGACUGUGGAUUUGUGAAAAUGUAGAAGAGUUUUCCAAGCCUGUGUUCAACUACUGGAAGAAGAAGUGCCUUGUUCAAGUUAGGAAGCUGGAUGAUUCACUUGCACAAGCAAUGCAAGUUGCAAGCAGUCCAGAAGAGUGGAAGUCACGUGGUCAUAAGCUGUUGCGGCAAGGUAACUAUGUGAUGGCAACAAUGUGCUUCGAAAGAGCACAUGAUACAUAUGGGGAAAGACUGGCCAAGGCUUUUGGACUUAGGGCAGAUGCUGACCGCUUGCAUGGUUUAAAUCCUGAAAUGUCUUCUACUGCCAGGAGGCAGGCUGCUGAAAUUUUUGAUUCCAUCGGCAAGGCUGAGCAUGCUGCAGAUUGCUUUUACAUGUUAGAGGAGUAUGAAAAAGCAGGUCAAAUAUAUUUGGAAAAAUGUGGGGAAUCUGCUCUAUCAAGAGCUGUAGAAUGUUUUCUUCUUGCUGGAUGUUACAAGGCUGCAGCAGAAGUGUAUGCAAGAGGCAACUAUUUCUCAAAAUGCUUGUCUGUUUGUACCGAAGGGAAACUCUUUGACAUGGGCCUGCAGUACAUUCAGUACUGGAAACAGCAUGUAAAUGUGGAUGACAAAAUAGUUACUAGAAAUGAGGAUAUAGAAGAGCUGAAACAAAAGUUUUUGGAGAGCUGUGCACAUCACUAUCAUGAGGUUAAUGACAAGAGAACAAUGAUGAAUUAUGUCAGAGCUUUUGAUUCAAUGAGUUCAAGACGAACAUUCUUGCAGUCGUUAGAGUGUUUUGAUGAGCUUCUGUAUCUGGAAGAAGAAUCAGGGAACUUCCUGGAGGCAGCAAACAUUGCAAAGUUGAGAGGUGAACUUCUACUUGGGGCUGAUCUGCUUGGGAAGGGUGCACAAUUUGAGGAGGCCGCAAUUCUUAUUCUCUGGUUUGUGUUUGCGAACUCUCUUUGGUUAGCUGGGAGCACAGGAUGGCCAUUAAAGCAGUUCACAGAGAAAGAGAAGCUUCUAACAAAAGCCAAGUCAUUUGCAAAGAAGUUGUCAAACCAAUUUUAUGGGCUUGUUUGUUCAGAGGCUGACAUUUUACUGAAUAAGCCAAGCAACUUAUUCUUGAUGAAACAAUAUUUAAGUGCUUCUCAGAGGCACAAGAGUACCCGAGGUGAAGUAUUAACUGCUCGAAUGAUUCUAGAUCAUCAUCUUCAAUUAAAUAACUCAAAAUAUGAAUGGGUAGAUGAAUUGGUCUUUGAUCUAGCAAGCUACUCAGAAGAGCAAAUUUCUGGCAACCAGGUUACCACCGAGACACUGGUCUACUUUUGGAAUUUCUGGAAGGAUAAAAUUAUGCAGAUAUUUGAGUAUCUUGAUCAUGCUGAAAUCCAAGAUAUUAGUGAUUACAGAAGAUAUGAAGAAUUCUGCUUGAAUUAUUUUGGUGUGUGGAGACAUUUUAAUAAUCGACAUACUGUCUAUCUUGUGCUGAAUUCCGAUGCUGAAUGGCUGAGAAAACUGGAUUACAAAUAUGUUUGCAGUAACCAGAAGCAGGUUUCUAUGUCUUGCCAUCAAUUUGUCUCAGCUGCAAGGAGUUAUUGGUGUUCAGAACUGCUCUCUGUUGGCCAGCAAGUUUUGACAAAGCUUGAGAAAUUCUAUAAUUUCCCACAAAAAAAUUUUCCGUCAUCCUUCUAUCAAAGCAGGUCUCUUACUCAUAUCUACGAGGUCGCAAGUUUUCUCUUGAAUUGCAAGUUUCUGAACAAUCAGCGUGUGGACAAGGCUCUGAUGAAAUUUGUUCAACUUUCAACAGAGAACUUCUUUGGCUAUAUAUUUCCUCUUGAUUGGCGAGAAUCACUGAGGGAGAACAUGAUCUCUCUGAGGGGAACUGAAAUCUCAAAGAAUUUACUUGAAGAGGUUAUAUUUGGAAAAAUCAGGUCAAAGAAUGGGUUGUCUUAUGGGGAAACUGGAAUGGUGGCAUUGAUAAUUCUUGGGUCUGAUCAGCUAAACAAUGAACUAUAUGGGAAGAUUCUUGAAGGCUUAAAAUGGAAUACAGAAUGGAAGAACUUCAUUGGGAGUCUCAAAGAGGAUAGAGGUUCUACUCCAGUUUCUGCAACUGGCCCUAUCAAUAAAUUUCUCGGGGGGAAUAGAAGCUCAGAAUCGACAACUGGAUCUUCUUCUGCUGGUCAUAUUGAGGAAAGUGGGAAUGAGAAUCAAAUUAUUUUCAAGUUCCAUGAAGCUUUACAAGUUACGUAUAAAGCUAACUGGAGGCGCAUAUCUGAUUACAUUUCACCAGUUUGUUUCUUGUAUCUUGUUGAGCGCUAUCUGGUCUUGUUAUCCUACUUCAAAGGAUACUUUUUCACUACCAAGGCUACUUUUGUCGAAUGGCUUAUCUACCAGGAUGGGAUACCCAGCUCAGCUUCCAGUUUUGUGGCUGUUAAGCAGCAAUCUUUGGAAGAUAUUCUUAAAUUUGUAAUUGAAAUGAUCCAGCAGUUACUCUAUUGUAAGCAAGAGACAGUAGAUUGGAUCAGAAAAUUUCAUACAAAUGUGAAGGGGAACCAUUCACUGGUGGUUUUGAGAUUGGUUGUCAUAAUGUGUUUGCUUCAUUUGAACUUUCAUAAGUGUCCCAAUUUACGUAAGUGUCUCAAUUUGCUUUUUGACUUGCUGGGUCAACAGCAUGUUACAGAACUACUGCCGUGGGAUUUCUGUGAUGCUCUUUGGAGAUGGCGGAGACAUAAUUCUCUGAAUAUUGAUAUAAAUGUGCUUGGUCAAGCAUUCAAAAAGAUCAGAAACCCUCUCACAAUUGUGAGCAUGGGGGGAAACUGUCCAAAUUUUGCAUGCCAGGAUGUUAUAUUUGUUGAUAUGAAGGUGAAUCCAUGCAAGGAGGAAAUAUUAGGAGUCUUGUUCCCUAAAGCUGCUAGUUUGUGUGGUGAAGUACUUCCUCCGGCCAGUUACGAUGAUGGGAAGAGCUCAAAGGUUGUUCCAAAUUUAAGCUCUGGUUGUCUGCCAGAUCAAGACUUGAAUGCACAGAAUCAAAAUAACAGUGACAUGCUGAGCUCAAAGGUUGUUCCAAGUUUAAGCUCUGGUUGUCUGCCAGAUCAAGACUUGAAUGCACAGAAUCAAAAUGAUAGUGACACGCUGAUUAACCAUGUCAAGUUUUGGGAAAUUGUUGAAGCAUUUAAGGCACUGGGUGACAUCAGAGAUCAAUGGACCAUUAUGUUAAAUGCUUCAAAAAUGAGGGGGUACCUAGGAAAAUGUAUUUUCCUCCUAAAUGCUGCAGCAGAAGGAUGUUUGCAGAAGAAACCUGCGGGUAGUGAAGACGACGACUUCUCAAGGGAGGCAAUCAGCAUGCUAGAUGAAAUGAAGCAACUCCAUACUCAACUGGAACCGAGUGCACAGUAUUUCCUUAGAAGUUCGUUCCGCUGCUUCCUUUUUUCAGUGAGCUGAAACUUGAAGGUAGCAUUUCAAUAAUUGGAGCCCUUUGCGAGGAGCUACAUUCAAGAAGGUCUUCACUGGAGCCUCUUCUGCAGCAGCUAUUCUUGCAGCAAGAUGAAAAUCUUAUAUCUGAUGAAUCUGGUGGUCAAUGUGAUGAGGAAGAGAUUGGCAGUAAGGCCGAGGAAUGUAGCGAGGGUAAGAAGCCAGCUUCAGAAGCUACUGUGACUGGCAGAUCCCAAGGGAAGAAUAAAUCCAAGAAAAACAAGAAGAAUCGUGGCCGAAAACUUAAGUAGAUAAGCAUUCCCUUAAAAUCUAGAGGGUUUAUAUAAGUUGAGAACUUAACUAUCUAUAUUCACAGAAGUAUAUAACGUACUUUGCUUAUGGCAUAGACCUUUUUAUUUUUGGAGAGUUAUCAAAGAGCUCGUGCAAUGACUUGAACUA